AUGGACCUUUCCAGACGGAGGUGCAGACUCUGGAAGGAACUGGUCCUUGUGGCCAGCCUGCUAGCCUUGGGGAUCUGCCAGGCCUCUGGCCAAAUCGACAUCAACCCAGACUCACUGAUAGGAGUGGAAACAUACCGGACCCGCCUAGUCCUUGAAAACGGCCCUGAAGAUGCCCAGGCCUAUAGCUGGCACCGCGGCACAAAUGACACUGAGGAAAACAUGAUUGUCAGCUACAACGUCACCUCUGAUUCCCAGCAGAACGGGCCCAUGUUCACCGGCCGGGAAAGUGUGCUGAAGACGGGUGACCUGCACAUCAGGGGGUCUCAGUUAAAUGACACGGGGAACUACACAGUGCGGGUGGACGCCAUCAAUGGGACCCAGAGAGCAACUGGCUGGCUCAAGAUUCAAGAAUUGGAAAUCCCUGGGAUCUCAGUCAACGCCACCUCUGUGGUCGAGGACAUAGAUUCCGUGGCUGCCAUCUGCUACACCAAUGACACCAACGUCAUGUGGUAUGUGAAUUCUGCACCAGUGUCCAGCAAUAACCGGAUGACAAUCUCCCCAGACACCAAGACACUCAUUAUCCAAAGGAUUGAACGUUUUGAUUCACCACUUCAGUGUAGCAUAGAAAUCAUCCCGGAGAUUUUUGGGAGAAGUGAGCUGAUCCAGCUGACGGUAGCCUAUGGGCCCUACGGCAUGACCCUCACCAGCACGCCCAACCACCUCAGCGGUGUUGUGUCUGCCGAGAUCGGCACCCCGGUGGAGAUGAAGUGCACAGCCUAUUCCAGACCGGAAUCCCAGUACCGCUGGUUCCACAACGGCUCCCUGCUGAGCUUCUCAGGGGAAAACAUUAGCCUCCCAAGCCUGACCUGGGACCAGAUGGGCAGCUACAGAUGCGUUGUGGAGAACCCCGUCACCCAGCUGACCUUCUACCAGAGACUCCAGGUCCAGGUGCCCUGUGAGACCCGGUCCAGUGCUUGGCACGUGGCAGGUGCUGAUAAGCGUGUGGGCGAAUGGAAGGAUGAGCGAGCAUUGGACCUGACCUCCAUUAUACCCUCUCUUCUAGGGCACCCCAAGCCUGCUCAGAAAAGAGUCUUCACCAUCUCAGGAUCCUAUGUGGUGGUGCUUAUCGUAGUGACAGUCCUGGGUGGUGUCGUCUUUUGUGCAACUCUGAUCUACGUUCUGUUCAAACAUUACUCCACCAGGUACCUGUUGCCCUGGGCCCAGGGUGGGACACUGGCUGGGAACUGGGACUCCACAGCCGGCCCAGCCUUGAGAGGGGGAGGCGGAGCCAGAAGUGGGUUGUCAGGGAUCAUCUGGGCAGACAGGUAG